AUACUCCCUCUCCUCUAUCUGAUCCAACAUAACCAUAACUCUUAUUUUUCUUCUUAGCCAAACAAACAAAAAUCUUUUAUUACCUGACUACUUCGAAGCUCCUUAUUUUUUUUUACGUAAAGCAGAGAAAGCAAAAUCAUAUGAGGAGAGUUAGUUGGUCUACUAUUUUGAUCGUGGUGAUGAUGGUGUCCUUGUUGGUGGUAGAACACGUGGUGGUUCCGGCCGCGGCAGGGAGGGUUCUAAUGGAGAAGUCAGGAGACGGAAGAGCGACGGUGAUGAGUGUGGAGAAGAUGAAGUCGACGGUGGAUUCCUGGUUUCAGCGUUUGGCUUCAGGUCCUAGUCCAAGAGGACGUGGCCAUUAAAACUAGUUUUUGUUUCAAGUUGGAGGAGAUGGAUUAGUGUCGAUAUAACCAAAUAUGUAUACAAAAAAGUAUUCAGUUCAUUUAUUUCUUUGUUGUUUGAUCUCUAGGGUAAAUUCACAUAUAUAGAUAGCGGUAGAAACUAAACCAUCAUUUUGACCCCAAAAAAACUAGACCAUCAUUAUACAUGUACAUCCUUACUUUUGCUAGUUGUUAAUCUCAAUAAGAUUGCUUAAUCUGCCUUUACGAGAGAAUUAUUUUUGUGGUAGUUGAGAACAACGAUAUGCCUCAAAAAAAUUAUUGUAAACGAGUAAGCCUUGCACGCCAGUCUGCCGGGGUCACCUUCCUAAAAUUUUAUAUUACAUAGUUUUUGCCAAAUCAUGAGGACAACAAGACGCGUCUGCAUGUUAAACAAAUUGGAGUUGGAGUGAGAACAAAGCAUGAAACUAAAGUUACCGAGCAGUAAACCAGAGUAGUACAAGUCGAUCUAGAGAAUUGAAAAUUUGGAAGAAAAAAAAUAUUAUCCAACUUCAGAAUGAUUUAGUGCACAAUAAGCGCGAUUCAACAGAAGGAAAUUGUUAACUAAACCAUUUAAUGGG